UUUCUUACGCAUUUCCGGUGUUGGAGCAGCGUUUGUGGGGCCGUGAACUAUCUUGACGCUAAGCUUCAUCUUCGCCGCUUUCUGCCAGUACUAUAUGCCAAGAUGGCUGCAAGCAAUUAUUUCGGCUUCACACAUGGUGCCGGUCCGCAAUACAGCACUCAGCCUCCCCCAGCCUACUCCCACCCCUCCACGGCCAGUUACAGCGUCCAACAAGCUCCAGCUGUGGCUCAUGCAGUGACCGCAUCCUACGCACCAGCUCCAGUUCAGGCAGCCCGGCCUGUGGCUUCUGUCCCUUACCCUGCCUAUCAGAGCCACCAGCCUCCCCCAGACUACACCUACAGGCAACCAGAACCCCCUGCCCCCCCACAGCCCACCACCACACCACAGACCUACCAGGUGUACUCGGAUACGCAAGACAACUACAGCUACGGACGCCCUGCUGCUGUGACUACAUACGACAAUAAACAGUACUACCAAACUAGUAUAGCUCCUGCACAAAGGACACCUGCAGAGAGUUACUACCAGACAGUGGGAGUGAAGAGCGUGUACAGUCCAGCGCCCACCACUGUCUACAGCCAGCCUCCUCCCCAGAGGCAGGUAACGGCCCUGAAACCUUUGGCCCCCUCCAGCUCUGUGUCCACCAGCUACAACAUCUACCCUGCGUCUACCAGUGUCCAGCAGCCUCCAACUCCAAUAUCAUCCUACACCCUGGGCUCUUCCUUCAGCUCCACAGUUUCAGCCACCUCCUACUCAGGCAUUAGCUAUUCCAGUUAUGAUUCAUCUGGCUAUACCUCCGCAUCCACCCCCUCCUAUUACCAGCCAGCUCAGCAGACUCUCGCUCAGCCACAGCCUCCACCUCAACAGCCUCAGCAGCACCAGGCCCCCAUCCAGCAACCGCCCAAGCAGCUGACCAGCUCAUCAUGGAGCAACUCGGGCAGCAACAUGGUGACGGCUCCGGCAGGCAACGCGUACAAAAAGCCCACAUUUCACCAGAGCAAGAUGCAGAAGCCUAAAGGGCCGCCGAAGCAGCCGCAGCUCCAUUACUGUGACAUUUGCAAGAUCAGCUGUGCGGGCCCUCAGACAUACCGGGAGCACCUUGAAGGCCAGAAGCAUAAGAAAAAAGAGGCAGCUAUGAAAUCUGGGGGACAGACGGGGAACAGCAAUGGGCCCAGAGGGGCCCAGACUCAGCUGCGAUGCGAGUUGUGUGAUGUCUCCUGCACUGGAGUGGAUGCCUAUGCUGCUCAUAUUCGUGGGUCCAAACACCAGAAGGUGGUGAAACUUCACACUAAGCUGGGCAAGCCUAUACCUUCCACCGAGCCGGUGUUAGUGAGUUCCGCUCCAGUUGUCACGACAUCGACAGCUGGGAAACCUCCGGCAUCCGCGUCCACUCCUGCUUCUGUCCCAGCCACUUCAGCUCCCCCUGCGACACCCAAACAGGUGGCGUUACACCCCACGGUUAAAACAACACCACCAGUCAAGAAACCAACUACUUCUAAAAUAACUGUCAUUUCCACUAAGCCCGCCAGCACUUCAGCACUGACACCAGUACCAACAGCAGCGCCGCCCGUGUUGACUGCAGUGAAGGUCGAGGAGUCGUUGCCACAGUUGCUUCACAAGAUGGAGCCUCAUAGCGAGGAUGAGGAUGGAGACAAAGCUGGAGGCCAGGGAGACAUCCAGCCAGUGGGACAUGACUAUGUAGAGGAGGUUCGCAAUGAAGACGGCAAAGUGAUUAGAUUCCACUGUAAACUAUGUGAGUGCAGCUUUAAUGACCCUAACGCCAAAGACAUGCACCUGAAGGGACGAAGGCACAGACUGCAAUACAAGAAAAAAGUAAACCCAGAGCUUCCUGUGGAGAUCAAGCCCAGUAACCGAGCCAGGAAGCUGCAGGAGAGCAAACUGAAGAAGCAGAAACAGAAGGCGGUGCUGAAGAGACAGAGAGAUGACGAGCAACGCUGGCACAUGGAAAUGAGGCGGUAUGAGGAGGACAUGUACUGGCGGAGGAUUGAGGAGGAGCAGAUGUACUGGGGGGAGCAGAGGCGCAGGAUGGUUCCUCCACCCCUGAUGAGCCGCCCCGGCAUGCCGGUGCCCCCUCUGCUGACAUGCAUGCGCCGGCCUGACUCUCCCGAUGAUCGUCACAUCAUGGCUAAACAUUCCACUAUUUACCCAGUGGAAGAGGAGUUGCAGGCUGUUCAGAGGAUCGUCUCCCACUCUGAGCGAGCUCUGAAACUGGUGUCAGAUUCCCUGUUGGAGAAGGAGGCACCAGCUGCUGCCACUGCUGCUACUGAGGCAGAGGAAAAAGGUAGUGAGAACUCCGCCCGGCUGCUAAAAGGCGUGAUGAGGGUGGGCAUCCUGGCCAAAGGCCUGCUGCUUCGAGGAGACAGGAAUGUGGAGCUCAUCCUUCUCACCGCUAAGAAGCCCACCAUCGCUUUACUUAAAAGUGUCGCCAAACAGCUGCCCAAGGAACUGGAGACAUUUUCUGAAGAUCAGUAUGAGGUGCAGGCUCAACCCGAGGAGGCGAACAUCGUGAUAGUUUCAAGCAAGGAGCCCAAAAUGCAGGUGACCAUUUCUCUCACCUCGCCGCUGAUGAGGGAGGACCCUGCUGCUGAGAAGGACAAGCAGGCAGGAGGAAAAGCGGCUGAGAAAGGUGUGGCUGAGAAGGAGCCUCCUGAUCUCCUGAAUAAGAAGAAGUGUCUGGAGAACCUGGCUGCGCUCCGUCAUGCCAAAUGGUUUCAGGCGCGAGCUAACGGGCUACAGUCCUGUGUGAUCAUCAUUCGAGUGCUGAGGGAUUUAUGUCAGCGGGUUCCCACCUGGGGACGGAUGCCCAGCUGGGCGAUGGAGCUGCUGGUGGAAAAGGUGAUCAGCAGCGCUGCAGGCCCACUCAGCCCGGGGGAGGCCAUGCGCCGAGUCCUGGAGUGCAUCUCUACAGGCAUCCUGCUACCAGACGGACCAGGUUUGAUGGACCCAUGUGAGAAGGAGCCAACCGAUGCUCUGGAAGCGGUGAUGGUCCAGUCCCGAGAGGACAUCACUGCCAGUGCACAGCACGCCCUGCGGCUGCUCGCCUUCCGUCAGAUCCACAAGGUGCUCGGCAUGGAGUCUCUGCCGGCGUCAAAGUCGAGCGCGCGCAACCGCAAGCGUCGGCGGGACGUCAGCGACGCGGGGGAGGAGGAGGGGGAGGGCAAGAAGGACAAAAAGGAGGAAGGCGGAAGUGCUUGACCUUUUGCCGGCAGAGCGUACGUGUUGGCUAAUUUAGAGACUGGUAGAAUGUUUACUUUAUUUUAAGGUUUCUUAUGUGGACAACAAUCUUAACAUGCAGCUAUAACAUGGAUAUAAACAACUCAACAUGUUACAUGUCUACCUUGAAUUUAAAUGACUGAAGUGUGAGAACUCUGACUGAAGCUCAGACAUAGCGUCUUUUAAAGUAGACAGAGAGAACUUGCUCCUUUAGAUGAAAACCAUGACAACUACAUGAUUCCACUUCAGUCCACCUUCACUCUAGACGCCAACUCCUCCUCACUGUUAUUUUGUCCACGCACAGACAGAAACACAACUCGACCACUUACAGUUGUAUCGUUUGAAUAUGAUAUUACCAUGAAAUCAUCAGCACCUUAAGCUUUAUUCCCAGUGCUUCUCAUUGAAGAGGAGCCUGAACUCCGCUGCUCUUUGGGCCAGUUUAGUUCCACGUCCCCCCGCGCGAGGAAGGAUCCAGUUAACCAACACUGAUGCAUGACGUUUGUACGAUGAAAUGUGCUCAAAAACAAACAGAAGACUGACUGAUUUUCAGAUAUACGGUACUGUGAUGUUCAUCGUGCCUAAAGUGAUGCAUCUGCGCUGCCCAGUUGAACCUACAUGCUAAACUUCUGUUGUCUUUGCUCCCUCUAAAGUCUCCACUGACUCUCUGUUGACUCUGACACUAUGUGAAAGUUCAACGGAGGACAAACAAGAGUUUCUGACCAAAGUUCCUGCAAUCACACCUUUAAUCAUACCUGCAAAGUCUACAUACAAACAGCUUCCCAUUAAAGUGCAUCACUAAGUUUUUGCCCCCCCCUCACCAUGGUUUUAUGUGGAGGUCACACUGGAAAGCAGACCGGUCUCUGAUGGGACUCGUCUCAUCUUGCACAGUCUGUAGCAUGCAGAGGAUAUGAAGCACUUAAGAAACGAUAAUGUUACUGUAUGCAGCCAUAAUUUAAGCGUUUGAAUAAUUAUGCCUAGUAACCUUUCUUGUUCCAGAGUAUGGUUAGCAAAAGAGACACUUUAGUCACAAGAUGGAAUAUCUGCUGUACUGAUCAGAUGAUUAUCGCCCUUUGACCUUCUUCCUUGUGCCUGCAUCAUGUUGUGUGUUACCGACAACGGAGUAAGAUGAACAUGUAUGAGUUUGUGUGUGUGAGUGUGUGUGUGGUUCUUAUUGUAAUUACCUUGUUUCGUAAAGAUGUAGGACGAGGAAGGGACAGUUGCACAACUUUUGGCUUAAAGGUUGACAUGUGAGACUUAUUUUGUAGUUUGAAUUUCUCAUAUAUACACAUCUAUAUAUGGUAUGUUUGGCCUAUUUUAUUUCUGAAGGAUGAUGCAAUGUAUUUUGUAUUGUUCAGACAUAAAGUGUGAGCGUUGCCGUCUCUAUUAUUUGAAUGUCUUUGUAGUGUUGGCUCACAAAGGAUUUAUUAAAACACUUUAAAGCCG